UGUUGUGUCCCAAAGCUACCUUUCCCCGGCGAUAGCCCCACCUAUCAAAUCAAGAGCCGCUUCGCUGAGUUGGUGGUUGGUCGGGCCCAGUCUGUACGGUGGGAUUUCCAAGACGGGCACAGCUCGUUGGACUUUUUGACCAUGGAAUUGUUGCAUUUGAUCCAUGGAGACCCAGGACAGAACAUAGUGGGAAUACGUCGUAUCAUGGAUCAUGUAUUGUAUCUCGGUGUAAUCGUUUCGCUGGAAUAAACUGCUGAUGUUUGUGGAAAGUACAGAAUGCCCACCAGCGGCAGUGAAAGAAUUAAAGCCAGCGCGUUUAUUCCAGUGUCCACCGCUGCAGUCCUCCUCGUCGGGUCCACCACUUUAUUCUUUGUCUUUACGUGCCCGUGGCUGGCAGUGACUGUGUCAAUCUACGUGCCACCAUGCAGUGGCAUCCUCUUCUUCUUUGUCUUGGCCAACUUCACCAUGGCAACCUUUAUGGAUGCGGGUGUUCUCCCCACGGCUAAUGAGGACGAGGACAAGGACGAUGACUUCCGCGCCCCGCUCUACAAGAACGUGGACGUGAAGGGUGUCCAGGUCCGGAUGAAGUGGUGUGCCUCCUGCCACUUCUACAGACCUCCACGAUGCUCCCACUGCAGUGUCUGUGAUCACUGUGUAGAGGACUUUGACCAUCACUGUCCCUGGGUGAACAACUGUAUCGGGAGGCGGAACUACCGCUACUUCUUCCUGUUUCUCCUGUCACUCACACUGCACAUGGUGGGCGUGCUCUCCGGUGGCCUGCUCUACAUCCUACACCAUCUGGAAGACCUAUGGAAGCUGCACUGUACUGUCACCCUGGUGGUGAUGAGUGUAUCAGGUCUGUUCUUCAUUCCUGUCCUGGGCCUCACAGGGUUCCACCUCUACCUGGUGUCUAGGGGCCGAACCACCAAUGAACAGGUCACUGGGAAGUUUCAAGGAGGGGUCAACCCUUUCACACAAGGUUGCUGUGGCAACUUGGAGUAUCUCAUAUGCAGUCCCAUUUCUCCAAAGUAUACAGCGAGGCCCAUUAAGAAAUCAACAGUUCGCAUCAUUCCUCCAUUCCUGAGACCAGAGACUGACAGACAGAUACCAAUUAUCAAGGUUGAGGAUAACGGCAUCCAGUGUCAUGAUAACCAAAAUAAACGCCCGUCCACUGACGGUAUGGAAGAGCCAGACAUCCGACGUCUGGACACCCCACCACCUCUGCCCCCCAAACCAGAUCCCAAAGUGCUGAGGAGACACCUAGCAACACUUGAAGAGAGUGGUUUGCAUCCCAAACCAGUGACCCCUUCCCCUGGACAGACCCUGCAGCAGCUCAGGCCAUUACCGCAGUCCACAUCUAAGGCACCACCCCCCUCACCUGUCCAUCAGGUGGCUGUGGCACCAGAGCAGCAAGGGGGCAGCAGUAGACGUCAUGACCUGUCAUCAGAACUCAUUCUGGGUACAUUGGACCAGCAGCUAGCCGUCCCAUCCGGUCCCAUGGCCGCUCCACUCCAGCUUAACUCUCUCACCCUCAACUCCCGCUCCCUCACCCUCAAACACGCCUAUCGCCACCAUAACAAGCUGCCGGUCUUGUACCCAGAGGGUCUGAUCUCCCAUCAGGUAUCUCCGGGCUUGUUCCCCCCUCACAACCCCCUGUCCAAUCGCAACAGCCUCUCCUAUGACAGCCUGGUGAACUCAAGUGACGCCCACUACCUUGCCCAGCGAGGGGGACCCCCACUUCAUUACCACCCGCACUUCAUGACCCUGGGACAUGAAGGCAGUGUGCUGCAGCGGCCCCCUCCACACACCUACAGCCCUGUGUUCAUGGGGGUCACCAGGCAAUCUCCCCAGCCCAGGGACACCUCACCCAGGGAUCCCUCUCUACGGGACCUCACCCCUCAGGCCCUCACCUCCCGGGACCUCUCCCCUCAGGCCCUGAUGCACAGGGACCUCUCCCAGCAAGCCUUGAUCCACCGGGAGGCCUCUCCGGUCCGCUAUGACAACCUCUCCAAGACCAUCAUGGUCUCCAUUCAGGAGCGGCGGGAGAUGGAGGAGAGGGACAGGAUGCUGCGGAUGCAGGCCAGGUCCCAGGCCCUGUACGGCUGCCCAGACAUGGGGUUGUACGACAUCCCCAGCAGAUGCAGCCUCCCUGCAGACAGCAUGCGCCUCCCAGGGUCACGCGGCCCCACCCCGCCCGCAUACGGCUCCAGGGAGUUCCUGAUGAGCACUGGUAUUUUGGGGUACGGGGGUACGAGGUCGCCCCUCUCCAGCGCCUCGUCGUCCUCUCUGACCCGAGCCCCCAGGACUUCCAGCUCCCCCCUGCAGAGCAGCAGCAGCCUGCAGAGUAAGGGUCGUUCCCCCUCCCCAGCCUACCUCCCCCCAAACAGGCAGGUCCAGCCCUCAUCCUCCUCCUCCUCCACACUGCCCAGCACCUUUUCCUCUGCCUCUCCCCCAGAUGCCCCCCCAUAACAACCCUUACUCACCAAUGCCAUGGAGGGAAAGUACUCAGCACCCUUGGGUGCCCCCAAAUAGGAACUAUUGAGUCUUCCUGGAGGGUGUAUGCAGCCAACCACACUACUCUGCAGUGUUAGCCUGUAUAUCCACAACUUCCCAGCACUGUGUAAGUGUGUCUGUGUGGGUUGUCAGUGUGUGGGAGGGUGUGGGAGUUGAGACGACAUCAACAUGCAGUCAUGGGAAUCGUUUUGUACAGAUAUUUGCACUUGGACCUCUCGGUAGACAAGGGUGUGUGUUGAAUAUAGAGUGAGUGAUAACCAACAGUAUAUGCAGAGAUGUCAGGACAGUGGCCAAUUAGCAGACAGUUGUGCCUCUUUAUGCAGUCGGAGGAAUCAAUGAACUCAACUAGAACAGCAGACAUGUACAGAGGACAGAUCUUUAUUGUUGGUUUAUGUGUUUUGAUAAUGCUUUUGAGAAAGAAUGUUAUGUGAUGAUGAUGGGACAUUCUAUUAUUCUGCGUCUGUAGAAAUCACGCUUUAGUCAUAUUUUGUGGUUGUUUUGACAAAUAAAAAAAAGUCACUGUUU